UUGCAUGCAGUAAUUGAAACUUAUAAUCUAAGCUGAGGCACGUAAAUAAAUCACACUUCUAAAAACUCAUUUUCUCACUUCUUUUAAUUUUCACUCUUUCAAAUUUUUUUGGUAAAGUUUACUGAUUUAAAAUGGCUUCUAUAUUGAAAUCGUUCCUAGAAUGGCUUAGGAGUUUAUUUUUUAAGACGGAACUAGAACUUACUCUAGUUGGCCUGCAGAACAGUGGUAAAACUACCUUGGUCAACGUAAUUGCCUCUGGUCAAUUCAGUGAAGAUAUGAUUCCAACGGUAGGUUUCAACAUGCGUAAAGUCACGAAAGGAAGCGUUACUAUGAAAUUAUGGGAUAUUGGCGGACAACCACGUUUUCGAAGUAUGUGGGAACGAUAUUGCCGUGGUGUAAAUGCUAUUGUAUUUGUAGUUGACUCUGCCGAUCACGAAAAAUUAGAUGCAGCAAGACAAGAAUUACGCAAUCUUUUGGAUAAACCUCAACUUGCUAGUAUCCCAGUUUUAGUUUUGGGAAAUAAAAAUGACUUAGAGGAUGCUUUGCCGGUUGAUAAACUUAUUGAAGAAAUGAAUUUAAAAUCCAUCAAUAAUAGGGAAGUUUCUUGUUAUUCAAUCUCUGCAAAAAAUCAAGUAAAUAUUGAUAUAACUUUGCAAUGGUUGAUUAAAAAGGGUAAAGGAUCAAAAUAAAUGAAUUGAGCAAUUAUUUUGAAAGUAUCAGUUUAUAGUAUAUUUCAAUUCCUAUGUAUUUUUGUACGAUUAUUUUUUUUAUUUUGGUUGAUAAUUUAUUUUGGAGCUUAUUGUAGUUUCUCAUAUGAUAGUAAACUAUUAUAUAUAGAUGGCUUCCAUUUUUACUUUUUCAUAAUUAAUUUUAUCAUUUAUUGACUUUUAUUGACUUAUUAUUAAUCAACAAAUAGGGGGGAUUUAACAAUACAUUUUUUUUAUUUUUUUUUUUUUUUUUAAUAAAUAUAGCUUUAUGUGACG